AUGUCGCGAGAUGAUAAUCAAGAUUAUUUUAGUAAUAAUCCAAAUAUUUCAGGUCCAUCAAAUAAUUUUCCUAGAAGAACUUCAAUUUCUUCUGUAAAAUCUAGUGAAUCCAAUGAAUCCAAUCCUAAUUCAGAUUUACGUGGUGGUCAAGAUGCAUCAAAAAACAAUACGACUGACCAAGAAUUGAAUAAUCAAGGGGAUUAUUCAAAACCCAUAGGAAAAACUCCACCUCAUAGUAUGCAUUCACGUUCUUAUCGAUCUCGACCAACUUCUUCCAAUGGUAGUUUGAAAGGGCAUUCUCCAUCAAGACGUAAAUCCAAAUCCUCAUAUUUAGAAGAUGAGGACGAUUUACUGAUUGAUGAUACUAACGAUGAAACUGAUGAUUCUAAAAAACGUAAUAGACGAAAGACCUUAAGAAAGCGACGAAGUCGUAAACCAAGUCAUAAUAGUGCGAGUAAUAUUAUAUUGGAUCAAGAUGGAGAUAAUAAUGAUACAGAAAGUAGUGAAAGUGAACGUGAAGUUACUCUUAAGGAUAUACAAGAUGCAAUUAAUAAUCAACAUCCAUUUGGUCUUCGAUUAUGGAAACCAGCUUUAUAUAAAAAAUCACGUACUGUAACUCGUAACGCGGAUUCCGCUUUACAUUCGAUACCUACUUCACAAUUAUAUUUAUAUCCAGGAAAUAUAAUUUGGACAAUAUUAUUUGGUUGGUGGUUAGCUUUAGUAUCUUUUAUUGUAUCAAUGUUUUUAUUAUUUACACCUUAUGGAGGACAACAUUAUUCUAGAGUAUUACGAGAACUUAGUUUUUACAUUUUUUGGCCAUUUGGUAAAUAUGUUGAAAGAACUGGUGAAUGGUGGGAAGAUGAAGAAGAUCGAACACAUGAAAAUAAUAAUGGAGAUUUACAUAAUGAUUUAACAGCAAAUGGAGAUUAUGAAGAGGAUCGUCCAUUAUUGGGACGUCGAACAAGUUAUGGAGAUUUUCCUCCAUCAUUUCUUUUAGUAUCAAGUUUAUGUUGGUUUGGAAUUUUUUCCAUUCCAAUGGCAAAACUUACUUAUAAACUUACAAUACUUUUAAGAGAACAACCACUCAAUUUACACUUUAAAUCUGGAUCAUUUUCUAAUUUAUCAAAGAUUUUAUUAUGUACAACGGAAGCUAUUGGAUUUCAAUAUUAUAAAUAUACAUAUGAAGGGAUUAAUAUUAUUUUUAUAGAUCUUAUUCCUAUAGUAUUUUUUGCAAUAUUUGAUAAUUUUUUAUUUAAAAUGCUUUCAAAUGAAAUUCUAUUCACAUUUUCACUUUUAUCAGUAAUUCCACUUUCAUAUUUUAUUGGAAUGGCGGUGGCUUCUAUUUCAGCACAAUCAUCAAUUGGUUUAGGAGCAGUGAUUAAUGCAACAUUUGGUAGUAUAGUAGAAAUUAUUUUAUAUGCAGUGGCUUUAACUGAAGGCAGAGGAAAAUUAACUGAAGGAUGUAUUAUCGGUAGUUUUGCGGCAACUGUUUUACUUAUGCCAGGAUUAAGUAUGGUAUGUAGUGGACUUAAACGUAAAGAACAAAGAUUUAAUUUAAAGAGUGCAGGGGUAACAUCAACUAUGCUUAUUAUGGCGAUUAUUGGAGCUCUUACUCCAACAUUAUUUUAUCAAAUUUAUGCACCGUAUCAAUUAAUAUGUAAAACAAGGCAGUGUGAAGUUCUUACGGAUUCUUGUCAAGAAUGUGAACAUACUCCAUUAGAUCCAAUAACUACUGGGGUAUACAAAGAACAUGUGAAACCUCUCAUGUAUUUUAGUGCUGCAAUUUUAGUUUUGUCAUAUCUUAUUGGCUUAUGGUUUUCUCUACGCACCCAUGCUUCUUUGGUAUGGCAAACUACACAUCAACAUCAAGGUUCUACGGAUAAUCAGGAUAAUCAGGAGUGUCAGGAUCAUCAAACACGUCAAUCUCUCUACAAACGACUUUCCCCUUUACAAUUAUUACAACAACUAUUACCUUUAAGUAGUACCACAACCACAUCUCAUCAAAAUAAUCCAAACACUACAACUGAACGACCAAUGUCUGCACCUAGUCAAUUAUCUCAAUUACCGACACAUAAUGUUCAAUUGCCAUUACCUGGUCCAACUUUAUACUCUUUAAUUGCUGAAAUUUUGGUGUCAAAUGUGGACGUAAUUCAGUCUCAUUUUAUUGUGACUGAAAAGUUUUUGGGAUUGACUCUAUUCGCUUUAGUACCAAGUGCUACUGAAUUUGUAAAUGCCAUGGCAUUUGCGUUAUAUGGUAAUAUUGCUUUAAGUAUGGAAAUUGGAUCAGCAUAUGCUUUACAAAUUUGUCUUUUACAAAUUCCUGCGAUGGUUGCAUUUUCAGCUUGGUAUAAUUAUGGUAAAACGGACCUUGCACAAAUCGGUCAUACCUUUACAUGGGAUGCAUUUGUAGUAGUCUUUUCAGUAUUUUUAUUAACUUAUACUUAUAUUGAAGGGAAAUCUAAUUAUUUUAAAGGAUCAAUCUUAAUCCUAAGUUAUUUAGUAUUGAUAGCAGGAUUUUAUUGUGCACCUAUUUUACAGUCAAUUUAUAAUAAUGAUUUUAAAAUUUCAAAUACGAUACCUAAAUGGUAUGGAAUAAUGAUAUCGUCUGGAAAUAAUGACGAUAUUAACAAUGAUAAUAAAAUUAAUGACAUUAAUAAUAAUGACCCUCAAUUUAUUCAAAUUUUAUUUAAUAUACCAUUAGGUUACCCUUCAAUUCCUUUAGAAAUUAAAUUAAUUAAUCUUUUUUCAAAUUAUAUAAAUUCAAAUGAUUUUUAUGAGUUAGAAAAUAUUUUAAAAGAUCGUGCCAAAGAAUUAUCAUCUCAAGAAGAACCUGCGAUGUAUGAAAUUAUUGAAUUAACUCAUAAAUUAUUUAAUUGGCAAAUUAAUUCAUAUUCCCCUUCAAGAAUUAUAAAUAUUCAAUUUAAUGCGGAAAAUAAACUCGUUGAAAAUAUUGAAGAAGAAUGUGGAAUAAAGAUGGAAAUUGUUAAAGUUCGAAAUUACUUGAGAACAAAUCUUUGGAAUAUUGAAAAUAGUUUAUAUUUAAUUAUUAAAGAUAUUCAUGAAGAAAAUAUUGAAAAUAUUGAAAAUAUUGAAAAUAAUGAAAAUUAUGAAAAUAAUGAAAAUAAUGAAAAUAAUUUAAAUUUAGAAAAUAAUGAAAAUAAUGAAAAAAUAUGUAAAAUUUGUCUUGAUAAAUGUUUGAAACUUACUACUUUUCUCCCUUGUAAUCACAUUAUAUGUGAUGAUUGUCUAAUUCAAUAUCUUUCUAUAAAAAUAUCAGAAAAUCAAAUAUUCUUGAUGAAUUGUCCAGGAGGUUUAAAAUGUCGAACUUUGGUAGAUCCUAAUACUAUUGGUAGAUUACUUUCAAUUCAAUUAAUUAACAAAUAUUAUUCUUGUCUUCAUGAUUCGUUCAUUCAACUUUAUAAAAAUCCCGAAAUUCACAAGAAUAAAAUUAACACAAUUAAAACAUUUUCUUGGUGUAUUAAUCCAAGAUGUCAUUGGCCAGCAAGUUGUUUAGAUCAUGAAACUUAUCUUGUUACCAAUCAUACUGUAAAAAUUUCCAACAAAAAAUCGAAAUCAACAUUAUUAGAAAUUUACACUAAACCUUGUCCAAAAUGUCGAAUUCUAAUUUCAAAAAAUGGAGGAUGUAUGCAUAUGAUAUGCGGAAUUUGUAAUUAUCAAUUUUGUUGGGGUUGUUUGGUUGAAUGGACUAAACGAUCUCAUACCACUUACUUUGCAUGUGAUCAGGUAUCAAAUUAUGACAACAAUGAUUCCGAUGAUGAUUACGUCGAUGAUAAUUUUGGUCUCACUAGAUUUAAAGUAUUUGAUUUAGAUGAUAUUCAAAAUUCUCCUGGACAAUUACAAAAGAAAUUUAAAAAUGGAGUAAUUAUCCAUUCAACAUUAAUGAAACAAGAACAAAUGAAAUUAAUGAAAACUUAUGAUAGUAGUAGCAACAAUAAUGAUAGCAAUAUUAGUAAAUUAAGAAUUGGAAUAAUAAAAUUAUUAAUAGAAUUAAAUUAUAUAUUAAAAUUCAGUUCAAUAGGAUUAUUUAAUAAAUCUGAUAAAUUAGAAGUAAAAAAUGGAGUAGAAAUUUUACAAAGAUUAGAAUUUGGAUUACAAAAAAUUAUGUAUUGUUCAGUUGAUCAUUCUUCUGAAGAUCUCGUUUAUCGUAAUUCCAAUUACAUUAGCAUCUCAUCUUCAGAGGGUUUUGUAGUUUAUUUAUCAAAGAAUGAGUUCGGAACUUGGUCUAAUGGUGGAUAUGGAUUUGUGUAUUAUGCUAUAUUAAAAAAUGGCAUUAAAUGGUAUUGGAACUUCAAUAAACAGAUUAAGAAUAUACAAAUUUGUCGUACAUUACCAGAUUUUUAG